AUGUCUCCGAUAUCAUUUAUCAAGAGGCAAUGGAAAAACGUCCGCGGAGGUCGUGUCACGAAGGGCUCUAGAGAGCCGAGGAGGGGACAGGAUGGCACCCCCCCGCCUUCAGGUCUGUCGAGGCUUCUUUGGACGCCGGAGAAGUUCCAUUCUUCUCAAAGCUCACAAACUCCAGCAGAACCAGAGCUCCCUACUCAGGGAACUGAAACGUCGACCGCGAUUCCUCCUACGGAUUCACCCAAUCCAGCACCGCCUGCCAGCCAGCCAGCCGUCCCCGAAAGAUCAUCGCACACCUCAAACCUGCCAAAAGGACAUCAAAACCUUGAACAUACCGAGGUCGAGCGGGACAGGGUUAAGCAGUCCUCCAGCUCGGAGGUUACAGCCCCAGAAGGAUCUAGGUCAGCAGCAUUUGCUGUCGAUCAUGUGCAAGCAACAGCGGCUGACACUCUUGAGCCGAGGGUGAAUGAUGACUAUACCAUCGGCUGGAUCUGUGCUAUAAGUACGGAGUAUGUUGCCGCGCAAGCUUUUCUCGACGAAACGCACGGCCAACCGGAACAUGUGCAUCGCCAUGAUAACAACCAUUAUACACUCGGCAAGAUUGGGAAACACAAUGUCAUUAUUGCCGUCUUGCCCGACGGCGAGUACGGUACAGCGUCUGCAGAAGGGGUGGCAAGGGACAUGCUACACAGCUUUCCUAAUAUUAGAAUUGGUUUAAUGGUCGGUAUCGGAGGCGGUGUACCAACUCUGCAUGAUAUCCGUCUGGGUGACAUCGUGGUCAGCGCUCCUCGCGAUGGGAAUGGCGGCGUGUUCCAGUACGACUUUGGCAAGACGAUACAGGGCCAAACCUUCGAACAUACGAAGUUCUUGGAUCAACCUCCUACCAUCCUACGGAGUGCGGUGAACGGACUCAAGGCGAGGUAUGAGCUCGCCGGGAAUGACGGGCAUCAGCUUGAAGCGGCUAUUAAAAGCGUUCUCGCGAAGAAAUCAUGGCUGAAGAAGAACUAUAAGCGGCCAGCCCCGAGUAGCGAUAGGUUAUAUCUCUCGAAAAUCAUCCACCUCCGGAACGACAAAAGAGCCUGUGCGAUGAUCUGUGGAGAUGGUCCAUCAAAGGUGAUGGAGCGAUCCGUACGGGGCCAAGAUGUCCCGAAAAUCCACUACGGCCUGAUUGCAUCUGCAAACCAGUUGAUGAAGGAUGCUCUGGUUCGAGAUCAACUUGCAGCUGAAAAGGACGUUCUGUGUUUCGAAAUGGAAGCGGCAGGGCUAAUGAACCACUUUCCGUGCCUAGUUAUUCGGGGUAUAUGUGACUACUCAGACUCGCACAAGAAUAAGGAGUGGCAAGGCUACGCAGCAAUGGCGGCGGCGGCAUAUGCGAAGGACCUUCUCGGGGAGAUUCUUCCUAAUAAGGUCGAAGCUGAGAAGAGGAUUCUUUCGAGUAGUUAG